CUGGGCUCUGCAUCCGGUAGGCGCGCGCCUGCCUGCCCGCGGGGGUCGGCGCGCCAGGUGCGGUUCUAAAGAAUGCCGGGAAAGACGCACAAAGGCGAGUGCUUAGCUUCCCUGGGCGCUGUUAGCCCACCCUGUUAUAGUUUGGUAACCUCCACAACUCUUGGCAAGACUUCAUAAAGGCCAGAACCGUGUUUGCCCUGGUAAUAGCUCUACCUCACUGCUAGAGUCUAAGCUUCCCAAAGAUGGAGACUUAUUUUGUUCACAGUGCCUGCUUAAAGAGACCCACGGAUUCCAGUUGAGAUCACCUUGGCAGCCGGGCCCUUCCUUCCUCACAAGGAGCAGCAGCUUUUAUCAACAGCAACAUUGACAGAACCUGUGUUUUGGACAAGGACCGAUGGCUUCGAGCCUAGGUUGGAGAGCAUGUGCACCAUUUCCCAUGAACCACUGUGGUGUCUUUCUGAAAGCUGUGAGAAGCAAUGGCCUUUCCUUGUUUCCCUGGGGCCAUUCCCCCUGGAGAGGAACUAGAAGCUUUUUGGACCCUGAGAUGAAAGCUUUCCUGGAGGAGAACACUGAAGUCACCACCAGUGGCAGCCUCACCCCUGAAAUCCAGUUGCGGCUUCUGACGCCCAGAUGCAAGUUCUGGUGGCAAAAAGCUGACCUGUGGCCCUACAGUGAACCUUACUGGGCAAUCUACUGGCCAGGAGGCCAGGCCCUGUCUAGAUAUCUUCUGGAUAAUCCUGGUGUGGUUGGAGGGAAGUCUGUGUUAGAUAUUGGGAGCGGAUGUGGAGCUGCAGCUAUCGCUGCCAAGAUGAGCGGGGCAUCAAGGGUCCUGGCCAACGACAUAGACCCUAUUGCAGGAAUGGCUAUCACACUGAAUUGCGAGUUGAACCAACUGGAUCCUUUUCCCAUUUUAACCAAAAAUAUUUUGGAUUUGGAACAAGAUAAGUGGGACCUUAUUGUGCUUGGAGAUAUGUUUUACGAAGAAGACCUUGCAGACAGUCUUCAUCAAUGGCUGAAGAAUUGCUUUUGGACCCACAGAACUCGAGUCCUGAUUGGUGACCCUGGACGACCCCAGUUCAGUGGACAUAGCAUUCAACAUCAAUUGCACAAAGUGGUAGAAUAUUCACUUCCAGAGCCUACUAGGAAGGAAAACAAUGGACUGACAACAAGCACAGUAUGGGAUUUUCAGCCUUGAGUUGUCCAAGUGCUUCCAAGUGUGAAUAUAGUUAUGUUUGGGUUUAACCCUAAAAGACCCUCCAGUUUAAAGCAUGUAGUAUCUUGUUUCCAAAAGCUGAAGUCUUAAAGUUUUGUCAGCCUUCGUCAUGUAACUCGUUCUGCAUUAUGCCAAAUAUACAAAUCUCUACCUGCAGUUUUCUGGUUUUGCUGCUGUAGGAAUAGAAUUCUAGAAGGCAACACCAAAAUGGAAGCAACAUGUAAUUUAAGUAGUGGAGAGGAAUGAGAAAGAAAAUGAGAAAGCGAAGUCUGUUUCUGUAGUUGAGGACAACUCUAUGAUGGAUCUUCAAAUUAGACACAAUACAAAAUAUAGAAGAGUAGUGUAUUUCAAAAAAUGACCUGUAAAGGUGAGAGCUGCCUGCAUUUAGUGUGGUACAGAGUACAUGGGCUUGGAGUCAGGCAACUAUGUCACUUUCUAGUUGGGACUUUAGGCUAGUUAAGCUCUCUGAGCUUUAAUUUCCUCCUCUAUAAAACUGUAACAAACUUAAUAAACCUCACCUCCAGGCUAUUUUAUUAAAUGAAAGUAUAAAGUGCCUCAUACAGUAUUUAGUACAUAAUAGGACCUCAAAUGACAGUCAUGGAUAAAGAUAAAGAUUUUAGAAUUUCCUAUAUACCGUGACACUUUCUGAUGCCUCUUUAUGGUUCACUAAGGUUAGCUAGAAAUUGGUAAUGCUACUAUAUGGCCCAGGUUGUCAGGAUCUUAUAUAUCAAUAAAAACCCUACGAGAUAAAUGAGAAUGUGAAGAAGAAUAUGUAUAGUAUACCACUAUUUAUAGAUGAAUGUAUGAAAAGAUGUAUGUAUGUACCUACAUAUGUAUAUACAUAUACAUGUUUGCUUGCAACAUAUAUAGCAUAUCCCUGAAAAGAUAAACAAGUAACUGCUAAUAUGGUUGCCUUCUGAGAGGGUACCAGAUAGCUGGUAGACUGGGGUGGGAGGGAGGCUUAGGUUUUACCUUUGGGUCUUAUAAUUCUGUACUGUAGAUUUUCUAUUCUCUAAUUCAAAACUAAACACCAGCAUUGUAUGUGUUACAAGUGAAAUAUAAAAUGCAGCCUUCCUAAUGUACUCUUAUGUUCUUAUACACUGCUUAGGAAUUGUUAUAACAUGUGCUUUAUAUAUAAACUUUCUAAUAAUACACGCAUGCUGUUGGGAUUAUGGUACCAGGGAAAUGUGAUCAGAGUUACAGUCAUACAGCAGAAAUGUGGAUAAAGCAGUUAACGGGCAAGUUGUUGCUCAGAUAGGAAAAUAGGAUACUUCGAUGGGAGUCUGGGAGCUGGGGCUGCAGAGGAUUUGGUGAUUCUUGAACUUGGAAGUCAGAGUUUAUUUCAGCCCAGUGAAACAACUCUUGUGCAUCUAAUUUCCGUUGGUCUGUUGGGUCUUAAACAUUAUCAACCUAAAUUUUGAUUCAGACUUGGUUAAGAUUAAUAGAAAUUAAAGGUUACAAUGGCACUGGA